AACACAAACAGAAUCUGUAUCGAAAUUCACGUCAAAGUGCCACAACUGAAAUGCAAUGCUCUUUGGCAUUUGUCUUGGGCAUCAUCUGUCUCCGCCAUGGAGCCGGCCAUGCCGUGGAUCGGGGCAGACAGCCGCAGGUUCAGGCCGCAAUGGGUGACUUGAGCCACAUCUGUGUCGGUCGUCCGGAUGGCGAACUGGUGCCCCACCCGCUCGACUGCAAUGGAUACUUUGCCUGCGCCCGCAUCCCGACGCUCCUCUACUGCGAUCAGGGCCUCCAGUUCGACGAGACUCGUGGUGCGUGCGAUCUGCCGGAGAACACCAACUGUAGGCAGAGUGAGCUGCUGCCGGUGGCCAGCAACUUGGUGCCGGACGCCUCCGAACUCAUCUGGUGGCCUCAGAGGCCGCGCCCGAUCUUCGUGGCCGUCGACGUGGCCAGUGGACAGCCCGUCAAUCCCAUGGAGAAGUACGACCCCCAGCAUAUCGAGUGUCGCCACUUUGGCGCCUACUUUCUGCCCCAUCCAAGCAACUGCCGUCUGUACUUCAUCUGUGCCUACGGGCACCUGCACCGCCAUCAGUGCGGUCGUGGCACAUUCUGGAACUACGAGCAGUCCGAGUGCCAGCUAAGCAAUGACGCCGUCUGCUACGGACAGUCGCGACCCGAUCGCCAGAACGCCGACGGGGGGGCAGACGAAACAGAAGGCGAGACUACGAUCAGCAGCGAGGGUGAGGUGACAGUGUGCUACAUCGUUGCCACCAGCACGCUCUCCUCAGAGCCAUCCAGCACGUACGCGACUGUACCGCUCCUGGAGCCAGUACCAUCCCCGCCACGCGCGGAGGCCAGUAGCGUCCCCCUGACAUGCCCCACGCAGAAGCAGAGCUAUAUGUCCCAUCCCGAGGACUGCAGCAAGUAUUACAUAUGCAUUGGCGGCUUGCCGGUGCUGACGUCUUGUCCCAAGGGUCUCUACUGGGACCAGAUGUCGGGAUACUGCGACCUGGCCAAGAAUGUCAAAUGCUUCCAAGUUUGAUCAAUAAACUCGAGCCCCUAGUGCUUAACAUUGUGCUUGC